AUGCUAAAGGAAGAGAACAGCACCGGAUUGAUGGGAAUGAUCCAGUCGAAUGAGGUAGAUUUUGGCAUAGGAUCAAUAGAUCGUUCGCUGUUACGAAAUACAAUACUGCAAGCUGGCGUGGCACAUGUAGACGAUAUAGUGGUGUUUGCGGUUCCAUCUGGAGUGAUGUAUCCAACUUUGAAGAAGCUGAUAAGACCAUUUUCAACGUACACAUGGAUUGCAAUUAUUGUAGUGGCACUUGGGAUGUCUUUGAUUUUGGGAGUCCAUUUCAUUGUGCUCCCGGAUAGAUUGAAAUUCAACAGGAUUAAAAGACCGGUUCUAAAUGUUUGGCAAUUAUUAUUAGGUGGCGUACUUACCACUACACCACAAUCGAGUUUUUGUAGAUUAAUAGUAAUUGGAUGGAUUCUUUCAACGCUAAUUUUAAGAACGUGUUAUCAAGCAGCAUAUUUUGAGUACCUUCACAAUGGUGUUGAUCUGCAACCCAUUCUUUCGCUGGAGGAUAUAGAUAGUGCAGGAUUACACUAUUAUAUGUACGAUAUAACCAGACGACUUUUUGUUUGCUGUCCACAUAUUUUGGAAAUGUCCAAAACAAUCUCGGAAGGGACAAAUGGACAUGAAGUAUUAGCCAAUAUAGCGGACGGCAAAUUAAAAGGAGUGUUUCCUUUACCUCUUCUAUAUAUUGCCUAUUUUAACGAGAAUAGACAGGGAAAGGAACUAGUCUACAUAAGUAAAUAUGUGAUCCAGAGCUAUGCAGUUGGCAUAUAUUAUCCGAAGAAUUCAUCUUUGGCGUCUAUAUUUAAUCCUAUUAUUCUUCGAAUCCAUGCGGCAGGAUUAGCUCGAUUGUGGCGUAAGAAAUAUGGACACGUCAAAUAUUUCCAUAGUACUCAGUUCAGAUCGCUUGGCAUUCAAGCGUUCAUUGGAACAUUUAAAAUUUAUGUAGUUUUAUGUGGAAGCUCGAUUAUUGUGUUUGUUAUGGAAAAACUUUUUGGCAGCAAAAUGAUGUAG